UUAAGUUGAUUCAUUGAUAUUUUCUAUAAAAGAAAAAUAAAUAUAUGUGUAUGUAAACACAGUCUCCAUAAUGAGAAUGGCCAGCAACAUAAGUCCUGUUGUGUACAGGAGCAAUGCAUUAUGUCUGUCUUCAUCUUGUUAAAAUGCAGCAUUCCAUUUUUUAAACUAAUUACGCCAUUCUAUGACGUGAUGAAAUAAAAUAUACGAUGUUAGCAUUUAAUUUCAAAAGAAAACCUUUUUUUCACAUCAUUAUAUAUUAUCUGAUAAAGAUGAAAAUUAAUUUCUUGAUUAUAUUUACCGCGCGUUAACAAACUAUAAACAACUAAGCUAUCUACGGGGGACAAACAUAUAUAGUGUCAAAGCGACAAUUUAUUAUACAGGAUCGCAUUUUGAAUAAUUUUUGUCAUAUAAAAAUCAAUUAGUUAGAAAAUUAAAUUAUUUAUAGUGGAAAAGAACAAAAUGCAUCGUGCAACUAUUCCAGUUAAUAAUGUACCUACAGAAAUUAUUACAUAUAAUCGCUGGGUGGAAGAAGGAAUAGCCAUGAACGGAAAAAAUGAUAUUGUUAUUAUUAUUACUGGAAAUCCUGGUGUACCUGCCUUUUAUGAAGAAUUUGCAAAGCAACUUCAACUAAAACUUCCUAGUGAAAUACCAAUAUGGGUUAUAGGUCAUACUGGGCAUACAAAACCACCAGAUAAUGUUCCUGAUUGUUAUCCAGAUACCAAAACCUUUAGACAUUUAUAUGAUUUAAAAGGAAAUUUAGAACAUAAGGCAGAGUUUAUAAAAAAGUAUGUACCACCAAAUGCUAAAAUACAUUUAGUUGCUCAUUCAAUUGGCAGUUGGUUUACUAUGAACUUAUUGAGAGAUAAAGGGAUUGCUGAUAAAGUUGUAAAAUGUUAUUUAUUAUUUCCGACUAUUGAACGAAUGGCUGAAAGUCCAUGUGGUCAAUUUUUAACAAAUAUAAUUUUGAGGAUAGCUGCUUUUAUCAUGUUUAUGGCAUGGAUAUUUACUUUAUUUCCUCAUAUUGUGCAGGUAAUUUUAGUUAGGAUUUUUGGUUUAUUUUAUGGAAUACCUACCAACUGUACAGAUGCUGUGUUACAAAUGGUUCAUCCAAUACCACUUAAAAGAAUUUUUUUGCUGGCUAAGCAAGAAAUGAUUGUUGUAAAAGACUUGGACAAUGAUUUGAUAUCUCAGCAUAAGAAAAAAUUAUUUUUGUAUUAUGGCAGUAAAGAUGGUUGGACACCCAUACGUUACUAUGAAGAUUUGAAAGCCAAAUUUCCUGAUGUUGAUGCUCAUUUAGAUAGACGAGGAUUUCAACAUAGUUUUGUUCUUAAAAAUGCUGUUGAAGUUGGAAAAAUGAUAGGAGAUCUUAUAAAUGAAUCCAUAUCAUCAAAGAUAACAUAAAUCUUGUUAGUUUGUUUUCUUAAGAGAGAUAUAUGCAUUUAACAACAUUUGAUUUCUAACUAGAAUUAAUCUUAUAGUUCACUGAGAUUUUUCUUUUCUAUGUAGAAAACUGAAAAUAUUUAAUUUUAAUAAUGACUAUUUUUUUAAGACUGGUUCUCACAAUUCAUAUUAUGAUGACUCAAAAUGUGAUGAUAAAUUAAAUUAUUAUACAUAUUAAUAAUAGUACCUCAAGAUGUUUUUCUCAUUUAAUAAUAAAUUCAAACAGCGUUUUUAUUU